UGGUCUGGCAGUGCCUGGCUGGCGGCCCGCGGGCGGGCCGCCCUCCCCGCGGUAGCCCACCCCCCUCUUAAAGCGGCGGCGGGAAGAUGAAGUUUCGGGAGCCGCUCCUGGGCGGCAGCGCCGCGAUGCCGGGCGCGUCCCUGCAGCGGGCCUGCCGCCUCCUCGUGGCUGUCUGCGCGCUGCAUCUUGGCGUCACCCUCGUCUAUUACCUUGCCGGCCGAGACCUAAGACGCCUGCCUCAGCUGGUCGGAGUCCACACACCGCUUCAGGGUAGCUCUCACGGCGCCGCCGCUAUCGGGCAGCCCUCCGGGGAGCUCCGGCUGCGAGGGGCCGCACCGCCGCCGCCUUUGCAGAACUCUUCAGAGCCGCGCUCCCGGGCCGCCUCCAACCCAGACGCGGACUCUCGCCCCGGCCCUGGCCCGGGCCCGGGGAGCAACUUGACUUCGGCCCCAGUGCCCUCCACCACAACACUGUCGCUGACCGAAUGCCCUGAGGAGUCCCCGCUGCUCGUCGGCCCCAUGCUGAUUGAAUUUAACAUACCUGUGGACCUGAAGCUUGUGGAGCAGCAGAACCCGAAGGUGAAGUUGGGUGGUCGCUACAGCCCCAUAGACUGCAUCUCUCCUCACAAGGUGGCCAUCAUCAUUCCAUUCCGCAACCGGCAGGAACACCUCAAGUACUGGCUGUAUUACUUGCACCCAAUCCUGCAGCGUCAACAGUUAGACUAUGGCAUCUAUGUUAUCAACCAGGCUGGAGAGUCCAUGUUCAACCGCGCAAAGCUCCUCAAUGUUGGCUUUAAAGAGGCCUUGAAGGACUAUGACUACAACUGCUUUGUGUUUAGCGACGUGGACCUCAUCCCAAUGAACGACCAUAACACCUACAGGUGCUUUUCACAGCCACGGCACAUUUCUGUAGCAAUGGAUAAGUUUGGAUUUAGCCUACCUUACGUGCAGUAUUUUGGAGGUGUCUCUGCUCUAAGUAAACAACAGUUUCUCAGCAUCAAUGGAUUUCCUAAUAACUACUGGGGCUGGGGAGGUGAAGAUGAUGACAUUUAUAACAGAUUAGCUUUUAGAGGCAUGUCUGUGUCUCGCCCAAAUGCUAUAAUCGGGAAGUGUCGGAUGAUCCGCCACUCGAGAGACAAGAAAAAUGAACCGAAUCCUCAGAGGUUUGACCGAAUUGCACAUACAAAGGAGACAAUGCUGUCUGAUGGUUUGAACUCACUCACCUACAUGGUGUUAGAGGUCCAGAGGUACCCGUUGUAUACCAAAAUCACAGUGGACAUUGGGACGCCAAGCUAGCAUUUUGGUGCACUGACCAGAGACCUGAAAAUGGCCAGGGACCUCUGCUGUGUCUCUGCCCGUGUGCUGGGCUGGUCCCUCUCACUCUCACAGUCAGUGACAGGCCCUCUCUGCUCAUCAUUCAGACGCCUUUCCGGACGACCAGGACGAGUGGGAUAUAUUGCCCCCAACUUGGCUCAGCAUGUGACUUCUCAGCCCCAUGAGGUGUAUGUAAGCAUAGAAACCAUCAGCCUCUGGGGGCUCUCGGCAUGUUCAUGGUGUCACCCCAAAGAAUCAAAGCUAUGCACAGCUCCAAAUCUGGUGACUGUGGGACUCAUCCCCAGCAAAAAAAAAACAAACAUAAACCUGCUAAUUUGUUGUGAUAUAGGUAAGAAUUUUGCUUUCAAGUGUGGUAUUAUUACUUUGUGAAAAAUUGGAGAGUGCUACUGAAAUCGGAUCGGUGUGGUGUUUUUCCAUUGUCAUGUUUUAACAGAAAAACACCCAGUUACAACCAUUCUCGUGUUACCACCCCCCACCCUCGACCCUCUCUCCAUGAUAUGCAACUAUUACAAUCACUGUGUAUGUGUGUCUUUUCUUAGCAAAAGAAUUUUAAAACUUGAGGCUUGAAUUCCAAGGCCACUUUAGCCACCAGAGCAAAAGCCUUGGGUGUUCUCACAUUCAGUGGCCUUUCUCCAGAUGCCUGAUUUCUGAAUGUAAACCCUUUUUUUUAAUAGCAUUUGUUGUAGUAUUUUAAAGAACAAAUCAGAUCCUCCUUAUGGUCUAGCUUGAUUUUGUGUUGAUCUAGAAUGGCAUAGUCUUUAGUCAUGGCAAUUUAUUUUUCUGAGCAUGCUAUAUAAACUUGAAUUUCCUAUGUAUUUUUACUGUGGGGUUUUACAUGUGGGGAUGGGGAUUGAGCAUUUUUUAGGGCGAAAAAUAACGUAUGCUGUAGUGGCCCCACAUGGGCCUUGGAUGGAGCUGGCAGGCCAGGUUUUCUGAAGCGCGUAGACAUCUUUGGGUCCUUCGGUGAGAGCUAAGGUGCCCCAUGAGCACUGUCAAGCUGGACUCUGCAGGGGAGGCAGACACCUUGGCCUGCCUGGCAGAGUUCCCCACCUCACCACCUCCCUGCCCUCCCCAGGUGGGCAGGGCCAGGGAACAACCCCUAUCUCCUCAGACUGAUCCCAGCAGCCCCUUUAGGCCCCAGGCUGUGGAGCUGGAAAUGACAGCCAUCAGGUUGUUUACUGGCCCUCCAUCUGCCCCUGGGGGCUGCCUUCCAGGCACCGUUGGCCCAGCUGCCUGGCCCACCUUGCAGGACCGGUUCUCUGUCCUCCUCCUCCUCCUCCUCCUCCUCCUCCUGCCUCCCUUGUGCUGCCUUUCUCUUCCCUCCCUCCCCCUUUUUGUUCCUUAGCCUCUUGCCUGUUUCCUAAAACUGGCCUGUGGCACUCAGGGUCAAACAGACUGUCCAUUCUCCAGCAUGAAUGUGCCUUUUAAUUAGAGAUCUAGAGAGCAGUUCAGCUGAACACACCCACACUCCUCCCACGGCCACUCUGGUGCCAAGAGCUUCCCAUCCCCCCUCAGGUUUUAGCAGGUGCUCCUACCCCAGGGAGGCCGACUCACAGCAGAUGUCUUCCCCGAGCCCUUCUCUGCUACUGGAGGUUUUAGCCUGCCUGGGGUGAGAUGCACAAGGCAGUUCCUGCCACUGGGCACGAGUGCUGGGUUCAGGCUGGGCUGAGGGCUUAAAAUUCACCUUUCUAAUCCCAGGGUUAACCUUUCAGCUGGGCGCAGCCUAGAAACCAGCCCUCAGUGUGGACGCUGAACUGGUGCCUGGCCCCAGUCAUACCUGUGCCUUUAUCGCUUUGAGCAUCUCAUGCUAUUACCUGGUUCUUUUUCCAGAAACCUUUGUGUUGGUUACAAAUUAUUUUCCACUGUAGCUGUGCUAUGCAAAGAGUAUUCCGUCUGUCAAUUCCCCACUCCUUAAUAACGACGUUGUUAAAGCCAGGAAUAACCCUGACAGGAAGCUUUGGGAAAUGCAAAGAAUGAAGACCUCGCUUUCUGUCCCCAGAUCCUGACUUUUCCAAAGUGCCUUAAAAGAAAGGAGACAAGUAUCCUGGGUGGUAACCUUUUUGUAACUUUACUUUUAAAAACGAGAUUCUGACUUUUUUUUCUUUUCCUAUUACAUUUUCUUUCAUGUUCCAUUGUAAUAGUCAAGUCUGUGGUUCAUUCUCAGGACCACCGGACACGCUGCUUCAUCACCCAUUCCCCGUUUGCUCAUCUUCUGGUGCGCUCAUGGGGUCCACCCGGGCCCAGGGUUAAGCCUAGCCCUGGUCUGGUUCAUCAGAUGCUGCAGCGCGUACUUCCUCCCUGGGGAGUUGAGUACUAAGGGUUCAGGAGCAUUUCCUUCACCUGGAAGUUGUCACCAUGACAUUGUCACCUGCUCUUCUCUGUUUCUGUCCAUUCUGUUGCUGGUGACCCUCUAAGGUGGCCUUUGGGAAAGGUCAGAGGGCAGAGGUGGCGCAAGAGGGUAAAGGAAAUGCUGGUGCUGCCCCCUCAGGGCCU